AUGAAUUUUGCACGAUAUUAUCAUACAGCAUCCAUAUUAGCAAAUGGAUUAGUAUUAGUUACCGGUGGAUAUAACGGUAGUACUUAUCUUAGUAGUGCUGAAUUGUACAAUCCAUCAACAGGCACUUGGACAAUCACAGGAAACAUGAGUAUCGCACGAAAAGAGCCCAUACUAUCCAUAUUAGCAAAUGGAUUAGUAUUAGUUACCGGUGGAUAUAACGGUAUUACUUAUCUCAAUAGUGCUGAAUUGUACAAUUCAUCAACAGGUACUUGGACAAUCACAGGAAGCAUGAAUUUUGCACGAUAUUUUCACACAGCAUCCACAUUAGCAAAUGGAUUAGUAUUAGUUGCUGGUGGAGCAAUCAGCAGUGGUGUUUAUCUCAAUAGUGCUGAAUUGUACAAUCCAUCAAUAGGUACUUGGACAACUACAACAAACAUGAGUGUCGCACGAGGACAUCAAACAGCAUCCAUAUUAGAAAAUGGGUCCGUAUUAGUUGCUAGUGGAUGCAACCCUGCUUAUCUCAAUAGUGCUGAAGUAUAUUAA